AAAUGUGGGUAACCCGAACCGAAAGCCAAACGGGUAUGGCAUUGGAGGAUUCGAAGGUGAAGAAAGAGUUGGCUGACUGUCUGACCUGAUGAAUUGAUGAUCAUCCUUCUUCCAUCUGUAAAAUUAAUACAAAACUCUGAACUAUUGUAACCUUCCUCUUCACACUCAGAUCUUUGAUUUGAUCCCUCUGCCCUAAACCCAAUUUAUCCAUUAUCCAUACAUAUACAUAAAUAUAUAUAGAAUUUGACACUCGUCAUUUGGAUCAGAAAUAUAUAUAUAUAUAUAUAUAUAUACACUCGUACAUCUAUCUAUGUACAUGCGAUAAUCGACAUGGAGCCUCCAACUUUCCAAGAAGCAGCGCGCUGCGAUGUCUGCAAAUGCAGCUUCAACACCUUCAGGCGACGGCACCAUUGUCGAUGUUGUGGGAGGACAUUGUGUAAUGAACAUUCAUCAAAUCAAUUGGCUUUACCUCAGUUUGGCAUUCAAUCAGCUGUCAGAGUUUGUGCUGAUUGUUUUAAUGAUUCCUCACGACCAGUGCAAAACAAUGUACGAGUUUCUUCAAAUGAAGCUGAUUCUGUAACAGAUGCAGUUUCUAAUUUAAGCAUUGGUGAUGAUGUACAAUUGAAGACAGAACCAACUGUAGAGCAUCCCCCUGCAGUAGGCAUCAUGGAGUGCAAGUGUGGAAUGCCUCUAUGCAUUUGUGAAGCUCCUGCCCCAUCAGCAGAUGCACUUCCCCUGCCGAAGAAACCCUCAUCCGCAUCCAUUGCUCGGUCAAAUCCAAAACCGAAGAAAACAGAAACUGCAUUCAAGAAUAAAGGUUCCACGUCACAUAGCAAGCCUAGUUCUGUUUUCAAUCCAGGACAAGUCUACAAUGGUAUGUCAGACAAAUCUCAGAUGGAUUAUGAUGUCAAUGGAGAGGGAAUGAGAGAAGCUAUUAAGAAUGGUGACACUGCUGCAGUCAAGAAGCUUCUGAGUCAGGGUGUAGAUGCAAACUACCAUGACAAGCAAGGGUUGUCUUUGCUACAUUUGGCGGCUGUUUUCAAUCAAACCGAUAUAGUUUUUUCCCUCAUGGAAAGCGGAGCCAACCUGAACUACAAGAAUGCUCAGGGGGAAACUCCACUGGAUUGUGCUCCUGCUACUUUGCAAUAUAAAAUGCGAGAGAAGAUAAAAGAGCUCGAGCAGUUGGGCCAGCAGUAGAGCUGAGAAAGUUGUGCAUAUGAUUUUCACCACAUUAAGGCUUUAAACCACUUUUGCAAUUGAUGUGUUUCCUCUCAUGGAAGUUGUUUGCGAGAAGUACUAUAUUCAUGCAUUUGCCAUCUGUAAGAACCACGGUAUAGGACGCAUGCUACAAUUCAUGAAUCAAUAGUCAAUAAUCAUGCUUGUGCCUAUGAGAUUCCCUUUAUAAUUUAUUUAUAAAGGCAAUGCAGAAUUUUCUCUA